AUGGAGGAAAUAGAUCAGGAUUUUUUAAAGGUUCUUAGAGAGCAUGGCUAUGAAUAUUUAUCGUUGGUAGGCAGUGGUGGAUUUGGUAAAGUAUAUUUAGUACAAUCUGAAAAAUAUAACCAACCAUUUGCGUGCAAAGUCGGAAAGAAUUUUAGAGGCCUUGGGGAAGAGAUUAAAUUACUCUCAAAUAUUUUAAACCAGUUUAUUAUACAGAUUUACGAUUGGUUUAAAUUUGGCGAUAACAUUGGUGCUAUACUAGAUUAUUGUCCAAAUGGGACUAUAAGAGAUUACAUUUUUAAACACGGACCUUUAAAUUGCGAUCAAAUGCAGCAAGUUAUACAUUCUUUAUUUACUGCAAUACAAGUAUGCCAUUCUCGCAAUAUAGUUCAUAGGGAUAUUAAACCUUCAAAUAUAUUAAUUGAUACUCAUGGUUAUUUAAAACUUUCUGAUUUUGGCUUGUCUAUGGUUGUUGAAAGAGGAACCCUCAUCACAACAACAUCUGGAUCGACUCCAUUCAUGGCUCCAGAGAUGUUUAGCCAAAAAGAAUUUGAUCCUUUUGCGGCAGAUAUAUGGGCUAUCGGAGUAACACUUUUUGUUAUGUUAACAGGCAUUCUACCAUGGAUAGCGAAAGAUAAAGUAACAUUAAUUGAAGAAAUAAAGAAAGGUUUUAAUCAUCCGCUGAAAUUCCGAGAAGAUGAGGUUUCCAAAAUAAUUACUAGAUGCCUAAUUGUUGAUCCAACAAAACGACCCACAAUUGAUCAGUUAGUUGAGAGAAUGAAUUUCUGUAAAGAGAAAAUCGCACUGUCAACUUUCGUUAGAACCCCAAGAAGAACUAAGACAUUUUUCCAGAACUGCGCAACUAGACUGGUUCGAAGGAAUUCACCGGUUGUUUUCCCAUAUUAA